AUGCUGGUCAAGGCAGCUGAACCAGAAUGCAGAGGUCCCCUCAGCAAGUCUGGAGUGAGGCAACCUCCCAUCAGAGCCUUCAUGGAUGACCUCACGGUGACAACAACAGCUGUACCAGGAGCCAGGUGGAUCCUCCAGGGGUUGGAGCGCGUCAUGGCGUGGGCACGCAUGAGCUUCAAACCGGCAAAGUCCCGGUCCUUGGUUCUGAAGAAGGGGAAGGUCACAGACAGAUUCCGCUUCAGCCUGGGAGUACAUCAGAUCCCAUCAGUCACUGAGAAGCCAGUGAAGAGCCUUGGAAAGGUCUUCAACUGCAGUCUGAAGGAUGCAGAUUCCAUCAAGGCAACCAGUGCUGACCUGGAGGGCUGGUUAAGGACAGUGGACAAGUCUGGGCUCCCUGGAAGAUUCAAGGCCUGGGUCUACCAGCAUGGGAUCCUCCCAAGAAUUCUCUGGCCUCUCCUCAUCUAUGAGGUCCCCAUGACUGUGGUGGAAGGUUUUGAGCAGAAGGUGAGCAGCUAUCUGCGAAGAUGGCUGGGAUUACCACGCAGCCUAAGUAGCAUUGGGCUGUAUGGGAACACCAACAAGCUCAGGCUCCCUUUCAGUUCAGUCAGAGAGGAGUUCAUUGUGGCACGGGCACGGGAACACCUGCAGUACUCUGGAUCCAGAGAUGCCAAAGUGUCCGGGGCAGGGAUCGUUGUGAGGACAGGGAGAAAGUGGAAGGCAGCCGAUGAGGUCCAGCAAGCAGAGUCACGACUGAAGCACAGGGCCAUCCUGGGAACAGUGGCGCAAGGCAGAGCCGGACUGGGGAGACAACCAGCAACCCGUUUUGACCGUGCCAGCGGAAGAGAGAGGCAGAGGUUGGUGCAGGAGGAGGUGCGAGCUUCAGUCGAGGAGGAGAGAACCAGCAGAGCAGUGGCCAUGCGGCAGCAGGGCGCCUGGAUGAAGUGGGAGCAGGCGAUGGAGCGGAGCGUCACCUGGAAGGACAUCUGGCGGUGGAAUCCCCAGAGGAUCAAGUUCUUGAUCCAGGGGGUUUACGAUGUCCUCCCAAGCCCAUCCAACCUGUGCACAUGGGGCAAAAUAGAAACACCUGCCUGCCCCCUGUGUUCCAAAACAGGGACACUGGAACACAUCCUGAGCAACUGCUCCAAGGCGCUGGGUGAGGGCCAGUAUCGAUGGAGGCAUGACCAGGUCCUCAAAUCCAUCGCUGAAGCAAUCAGCAAGGGGAUAGAGGGAAGCCGAUACACCCAAGCCACAGCUAAGGCCAUCCGCUUUGUCAGGGAAGGACAAAGGCCGGAGAAAACACCAAGAAACUGCUCUGCUGGUUUGCUCUCCACUGCCCGAGACUGGGUGAUGACAGUUGACCUGGAAAGACAACUGAAGAUUCCACCACACAUCACCCAGUCAAGAUUGAGACCCGAUAUCAUCUUGGUCUCAGAGGCAACAAGGCAACUCUUCUUGCUGGAGCUGACGGUCCCCUGGGAGGAGAGGAUGGAGGAGGCCCAUGAAAGAAAGAGGGAGAAGUACCAGGAGCUGGUGGAGGACUGUCGGAGGAACGGGUGGAAGACCAAGUGUAUGCCAGUGGAGGUGGGCAGUCGGGGGUUUGCCAGCCACUCCCUGAGCAAAGCCUACAGCACACUAGGCAUAACGGGUGCCAACCGUAGAAGGGCCAUAGGCAACAACGUGGAGGCAGCAGAAAAAGCCUCCAGAUGGCUCUGGUUGAAAAGGGGAGAGCAGUGGUUGUAGUGGGUGUAGCAUGCCACUUGGACACAGGCCGAGGCUUGAUCACCUCGGCCGGGUCGCCUGGAUGAGGGUGUCUGUUGCAAGACCCGAAACACCCAGUGAGUCCAGGAUACAACACUGAUGAUGUGUCCAAGCUUGUGCAUCAGCAGAUGUAUUGUUAACU